AUGAUUUUUGUUGCUUGAAAUUUGAAUCACAAACCAUAACAAUGAUACAGACAAUACAAGAUGUUAGCGAUUGUGUGCCAUUGUACUUGCCGCAUAGCCUGUACCUCAAACCGUCUGCCAAGUUCAACAUUUCGGUGGCCCUGCCGAAUGCUAUCACCGGCAAAACCAUCUCCAACUAUGAGGUCAUGGAAAAGAUGCGUCAGAUGAUCCUACCGGAAAGGUUUUCGGUGCUGAAGGUUCGUUCUUUGUCCCAGGUUUCCAAGAGCACGGUCGGGUUCAUCCGGUUCGAGGGAGAGCUGGAAGACCGGAGCAAAAUACGACACGUUCUGGGUAGGCUGGACGGGCGUCCGAUUCGGUUGGCCGGUUUUUCCGAAUCGGUGAAGCUGCGGGCCUCGGAAGCGAAAGACGAUUUCCCAACGCGCCACGAUUGGGAUUCGUUCUUUCGCGAUGCUCGGAACAUGGACGAGAUGAAGGCCGGAGAGCGACCAGAUACGAUACACUUCGCCAAUCUUCCGAUUAAGUGGUUCUGUCCGCGGCACCAGGAAAACGAUGACAGCGCCAAGCCAAGCGAGAGCAUCUUCAAGCGUAUCUUUGAAAAGUUUGGGGACGUUCGCUGCGUGGACAUUCCCAUAUGUGAUCCGUAUCGAGGGCAGAUGAAAUCGCACAUGUCCGGGUUGCAGAAGUUUAGCUUCGAUCAGGAAAUGUACUUCGAAGGGUACGUGCAGUUCUGCGAGUACGUUGGGUUCGUGAAGGCGAUGGACGAAUUUCGGGGCAUGAAGCUGGUGCGCAAGGAGGGAGACAAAAGUCUGGCCAUCAAUAUAACGGUCGACUUCGAUCGCACCAAACACCUGAGCGACUCGUCCAUCAAGAAGCGAAAGGUGGUCCGGGACCGGCUGAUCGCCAACGACCGGGAGAAGGAAGAGGCCGAGAAGAAACGCCUGGCCGAGGAGGAAGCCAAGAAGGAACGCGAGAGAAAGCGACAGGAGGAGCUGCGGAAGGCGGACGAGCUAAAGCGAAUACAGCGGGAACAGAAGCGGAAGGAGAAACACCUGAUGAAGCUGCGCCAGAAGGAAUCGGAUGAGAUAAGUCUCAAAAUUAUGGCGGAAGAGCGGCGGCUGAUGGAAACUCAGCGAAAGUUGGAGAGUAUCCGUUUAUUGGAUGCCCUUUUCGAAAGGAUGAAGGUGAAGCAAUCUUUGCUAAAGACUCAAACCAUUAGGGCAGAGAAGACAUCGAGCACUUCAUCAUCUAGCAAAAAAGCUGAAAAGUUGAUAGCAGCGCAGGAAAAAGAAAUUGAAAAAGUGCGUCAAAAGGUUAAGCAGGUAAAGGAUGGUAACUUGUUGAAAAAUUUCUUGGGCAAUGCCGAUCGUAGUCCGGAAGAGCGAUCUCGAUCGCCAAGUAUCAACACCAUUAGCUCCGAUGACAGCAUUUUGAACGAUCCAAUGGAUGUGAAGGUAAAGAAGAAGAGAACUAAAAAGGCUGGUUCCGAUCUGAGUGAUUCGGAUCUAGACUCAGGUUCUGACGAAGAGGAAGCAACAAAAGGAAACGAAGAUGCUGCUGCGGUACCGACAUAUCCUCCGAUGCCACCCGCUAUGCCGCCUGGUGCUUAUCCCGGCAUGUAUCCAGGUUUUGACUGGGCGUCUAUGGGUUAUCAUUAUGCGUACGAUCCUUUCUACGCCCAACGGGCUGGAUACUACGCCAAUGCUUUAGCGUAUAGCGGUUAUCGGGGUUCUUCAGUUCGUGGUGGCGGUAGAUUUCCACGUUCCGGACGGGGUCGUGGGGCUUAUCGUGGCCGAGGCUAUGGCUCUUAUGGAGAUAGGGAUGAUUACGGAAAUUAUGACUAUCGCGACCGCGAGCGAGAGCGAGAUCGCUCAAGAAGCCGUAGCUAUUCAAGAUCUCGGUCCAGGUCCCGAUCGAGGUCACGUCGCAGAAGAUCGCGCAGCAGAAGCUAUCGGAGUCGAUCACGUUCUAGAAGUUCCAGAAGUCGUAGUCGUUCGAGUCGCUCACGGCGUUCCCGAUCAAAACGAUCGCGCUCCUCCAGAUCCAGAUCUUCGCGACGUACACGCUCUAGAACCAGAUCUCGCACCCGGUCUCGGUCUCGACGCUCUGAUUCUAAAUCCAAGAAACCUAUUCAAAUGUCUAAACCGACCUCGAAGAACCUUGCUUCCACACUCAGAGAUUCAAAGACAAAAUCAAGAUCAAGGUCCCGUUCAAGAUCUCGGCAUCGGCACAGGUCCAGAACCGAUAAUCGAACCCACCAUAGAAAGUCAGAUUCCAAAGUACCGGAAGAAGAAAAACCAAGCGAGUCUCCUCGUAAGCAUCGAACCUAUCAACGUAAAACUCAUUCAAGGGAACCGGAAGACGAAACAAUCCCAGAAUCCUUCCGCAAGCAUCGCAUCGUUCUGCAGACAGACAAAUUGGUUAAAAGUGCCAAAGAGAUCGAGGAAGAAGUUCGGGAGCACUUGAGAAAGCAACAAGAGGAAGAGGAUAGAAAACUGAAGGAAGCCGAAGAAAACAGCAUCCGUAAUAACACUUCCACAGAAUCUGUCCCCGAAGAAACCAACCACAACAAUCGUUCCCGCAAAUCCCGAUCCGUUUCGGCAUCGAAACGUCCAUCCCGAAGCCGGUCUCCGUCGUUGAGCAAAUCGCGUUCCAAGUCUCCAUCUGCGAGUAAGAAGAGACAUCGCAGCAAAAAAGCUUCCCGAUCAACGUCUCCACAAGCAAACGAGAAGCAUAACAGAACUAAAACCCGUCGCGAAGAACCUCUCCAUUCUCCGUCGCCGAACGAACGAAAACUGGAACGAGUACGGGAGCGCAGUCCAAGCAACGACAGCAGACGGAAUCGGAGACAGCACAAGUACCACUCCGAACGAUCUUCCGACAGUCGACGGCGCCGAUCUCGUGACCGAUCACUGGAGGACAGUCGUUCCAGCCGGCCGGCCGGGUCUCCGAAACGCCGGGAACGACUUCGCAGUCCUUAGAUUGAAGGGGUUUUAGUUUUUCUUUCGAUUAAUUAUUUACGAUUGAUUGUUGUACUCUUCUCGGUAGGCUUGAAGUUUUAUUUUAGAAAAGCAAACAUUUUUGGAACCGAAAAUACUGUACAGUCUAGGGACGGAACGAGCUCUAAUUUAAUUGCUAGGAAUAAAAUAAAUUUCAAGAAAUAA